CACCAAACAAACGGUAAGACCCAUGAGUCCCAGAGACUUCUCCCUCUCCCCUCUCCCUUUCCAGUUUCCAGUUUCCACCCCCCUCUCUCUCUUUCCGAUUUCCUCGAAAACCACAAACAGAAAAAUCGGAAAAUCAUUCGACAACUAGAGAGGUUGAAAGGACGCACAAUCCAACUGGGAACUCUCUCGCUCUCUCUUCUGUAAAACCCCUUCGUGAUUAGGCGGAGAAUCUAUCUGCGAUCGUUAGGGUAGAAGCGCUAGGGUUUCUUGGUUAGCUUACGCCAACUUUUUCUUGGUUGAUAAAUCUCGGAGAUUCGAUUGCGGUCCCGGAAAUGUACGCCAUUUCCGGGAUUCUGACGGCCCUGGGAUGCUGAAAACACAGAGGAUCGGAGUUUUGCCCUCGGAUUCAGUAGCGCUAUUGUGGGCCGCCAUGGUGGACGCCUCCUCCCUUAUCCCCGCGGCUGUUAUUCGAAAUCUUUCCGAUAAGUUGUAUGAGAAGAGAAAGAAUGCCGCGCUCGAGGUCGAGGGAAUUGUCAAAACUAUGGCCGUUAAUGGGGAACAUGACAAGAUAACUGCCGUGAUCAAUAUGUUGAUCACUGAGUUCACUCGCUCCUCGCAAGCAAACCAUCGCAAGGGUGGCUUGAUUGGUCUCGCUGCAGUUACGGUAGGUUUGACAUCAGAAGCAGCUCAACAUCUUGAGCAAAUAGUGCCACCUGUCCUUGAUUCCUUUGCCGAUCAAGAUAGUAGGGUUCGUUAUUACGCUUGUGAAGCUUUGUACAACAUAGCAAAGGUAGUAAGGGGAGACUUCAUAGUAUAUUUUAAUCAGAUAUUUGAUGCACUUUGUAAACUGUCAGCGGAUUCAGAUGCAAAUGUGCAGAGUGCUGCACAUCUUCUAGAUCGACUGGUAAAGGACAUUGUGACUGAAAGUGAUCAGUUCAGCAUAGAAGAGUUUAUUCCACUGCUUAGGGAACGGAUGAAUGUUCUAAAUCCCUAUGUCCGACAAUUUUUAGUGGGAUGGAUAACGGUGUUAGAUAGUGUUCCUGAUAUUGAUAUGUUGGGUUUUCUGCCAGAUUUUCUUGAUGGUUUGUUUAACAUGCUAAGCGAUUCAAGCCUUGAAAUACGGCAACAAGCAGAUUCUGCUCUUUUUGAAUUUUUGCAAGAGAUAAAAAACUCUCCAUCUGUAGAUUAUGGACGAAUGGCUGAAAUAUUGGUCCAGAGGGCUGCUGCUCCAGAUGAGUUUACACGGUUGACUGCUAUUACAUGGAUAAGCGAAUUUGUAAAACUUGGUGGAGAUCAACUUAUCCCAUACUUUUCUGACAUUCUAGGAGCUAUCUUGCCCUGCAUAUCUGAUAAAGAAGAGAAGAUUAGAGUUGUUGCUCAUGAAACCAAUGAAGAGCUUCGUGCGAUUAAGGCUGAUCCUUCAGAGGGAUUUGACAUAGAAGCCAUUCUUGGUAUUGCAAGGAGUCAGUUGUCAAGUGAGUGGGAAGCUACUCGAAUUGAGGCCUUGCGUUGGAUUUCAGUACUUUUAGCUAAACAUCGUAAUGAGGUUAUAGCUUCUCUGGGAUCCAUCUUUGAUCCUCUUCUUGGAGCACUCUCAGAUACCUCUGAUGAUGUGGUGUCAUUGGUUCUUGAAGUGCAUGCGUGCAUAGCUAGUGACGCCCCACACUUCCGGCAGCUCCAUGUUUUCCUCGUGCAUAAAUUUCGAACAGAGCAGUCACUUCUUGAGAAGAGAGGUGCAUUAAUAGUGCGUAAAUUGUGUGUUCUUUUGGAUGCUGAGAAGGUUUAUAGAGAAUUUUCUGCAAUCUUGGAGGGUGAAGCUGAUCUAGAUUUUGCUUCCAUUAUGAUUCAGGCCCUAAACUUGAUUCUGCUAACUUCCUCUGAGCUGGCUGAGCUUCGAGCACUUCUAAAGCAGUCAUUGAUGAAUACUGCUGGUAGAGAUUUAUUCCUUGCUUUGUAUUCAUCUUGGUGUCAUUCACCUAUGGCAACAAUAAGUCUAUGUCUUCUAGCACAGGCAUAUCAGCAUGCCAGUUCUGUGAUUCAAUCUCUGGUGGAGGAAGACAUAAAUGUGAAAUUCCUGGUUCAUGUUGACAAAUUGAUCCGUUUGUUGGAGACUCCAAUAUUUGCUUACCUAAGAUUGCAGCUUUUGGAACCUGGAAGAUAUCCCUGGCUAUUGAAGUCCUUGUAUGGCCUUCUCAUGUUGCUUCCACAGCAAAGUGCUGCCUUCAAGAUAUUGCGGACACGAUUAAGAACCAUUCCGGCAUACAAUCUCAAUGGUGAUCCUGCUGGUUCUGGGAUUUGGAAGACAUUGUCAGGAAACCCUUAUUCACAGAUUCUGCAACAUCCUGAAGAUGGUGAGAAGAACCAAGACUCAGGGAACAUUCACACAGGGAUCAACUUUGCAUCAAGACUUCAGCAGUUUGAGCAAAUGCAGUACCAGCACCGGAGCCAUGCUAAAAGUCAACUUCAGAAUGUGCAGUCUCUUAGAUCUAUCUCUAACAUGCAACAGGAGGUGCAGAGACAUGAAGAAUCACGCCGACCCUCUCCGGUUCCAGAUGUUGGUCGCCCACCCUCUAGAUCUUCAUGGAGAUGAUACAUGCUUCAAUCUUAUCGCUCUACACUUCAAAUUCAUUGGAUCACGUCUCAAGGGGUAGCUGUAUAUUGUGUCUAUCCAUCCAUCUGGUGUAUGUAAUUGUAAAUUCAUGAUUCCCGGUUUUUCCAUGUUUGAAAUGACAGGGAUGGGGUUGAUUGGUGAUGCAGCACUCUGUGGUCUAUUAUAUGCCAUCACGGGCAGCUCAUGUGGUUCUUUUUAAUGACCACGUGAGGUCUUAGUAUCAUCCGGUCUGUAUUUUUGUUAAUCGUUUUCUUUGAUGAAUAAAUAGUCCACAUUUGAAUGUAAACAUAGUAAAUCUGUUGCA